UUCAUUCAUUUCGUUGUGUUCUAAUGAAAAGUGUAAACGCUGUCUUGUCAAAAUUCGGUUAAAAUUAAUAUAAAUUUUUCCACAUUUCGUACAAAAUACAGUUAACCUACAUUUCCAUUUCUAAUUAAUUAAUAAUAUAAUGGCUAUGCAACCGCACAGUAAAAAAAGAGUGUGCUAUUAUUACGAUAGUGAUAUCGGAAAUUAUUAUUAUGGCCAAGGACAUCCCAUGAAGCCUCACAGAAUACGUAUGACACAUAAUCUUCUUUUAAACUAUGGAUUAUAUAGAAAAAUGGAGAUAUAUAGGCCACAUAAAGCAACUGCUGAUGAAAUGACUAAAUUCCACUCGGAUGACUACAUACGUUUCCUUCGCUCCAUCAGACCAGACAACAUGUCAGAGUACAAUAAGCAGAUGCAAAGAUUUAAUGUUGGUGAAGAUUGUCCAGUGUUUGAUGGUCUAUAUGAGUUCUGUCAGCUCUCUGCGGGAGGGUCUGUUGCUGCCGCCGUCAAGUUGAAUAAACAGGCAUCUGAAAUUUGUAUCAAUUGGGGUGGAGGGCUGCAUCACGCGAAAAAAUCUGAAGCAUCUGGUUUUUGCUAUGUCAAUGAUAUUGUUCUCGGCAUUUUGGAGCUGCUCAAGUACCACCAGCGCGUACUUUACAUUGACAUAGACGUCCACCAUGGAGAUGGGGUGGAAGAAGCGUUCUACACUACUGACAGAGUCAUGACGGUGUCCUUCCACAAGUAUGGAGAAUAUUUUCCAGGCACUGGGGAUCUACGUGAUAUCGGAGCUGGUAAGGGCAAGUACUAUGCAGUGAAUAUCCCACUUCGGGACGGAAUGGACGACGAAUCGUACGAGUCUAUUUUCGUUCCCAUUAUUUCCAAAGUCAUGGAGACCUUCCAACCCAGUGCAGUAGUAUUGCAGUGUGGAGCCGAUUCUCUUACUGGUGACAGAUUGGGAUGCUUCAACCUAACAGUGCGCGGCCAUGGCAGAUGCGUUGAGCUUGUGAAGAGAUUUGGUCUUCCAUUCUUACUUGUGGGCGGAGGAGGUUAUACAAUCCGUAACGUAUCACGUUGUUGGACAUACGAGACUUCGGUGGCGUUGGGCGUUGAGAUAGCAAACGAGUUGCCAUACAACGAUUACUUUGAAUACUUUGGACCGGACUUCAAGUUACACAUCUCGCCCAGCAAUAUGUCCAAUCAAAACACAACUGAAUAUCUCGACAAAAUCAAGAAUAGACUGUUUGAGAAUCUCCGUAUGUUACCGCAUGCGCCUGGAGUUCAGGUGCAAGCAAUCCCAGAAGACGCCGUCAACGACGAAUCAGAUGACGAAGAUAAAAUUGAUAAAGAUGAACGUCUGCCACAGAGUGAAAAGGACAAGCGAAUAACAGGAGAUGGAGAAUUAUCAGAUUCUGAAGAUGAAGGUGAAGGUGGAAGAAGAGACAACCGGUCUUAUCGCGUACCUCAGAGGAAGAGACCGCGACUCGACAAAGAUAACGCUAAGGAUGAUAUCAAAACGGAAGACAACAAAGAUGACGUCAAAAACAUAAAUAUGGAAGAACCAAAGAAAGAGUUGCCGCCCAACGCUUGAUUAGUACGUACAUAAAUAUUGAGAGAUUGUUUUAGCUACCAAUAGCUGAAUGAAUACGUGUGUAUUGGAUGAUAUUAUGUUUUGUAAGACCUCUGAACCAGUUACAUUUAAGUGUCUUUGUCAAUAUGUGUAUUAUUUAUUCUGAUAUAAAUAGUUGCUUAAACGCGUAAAUUUUUUUAUAAAACAUUUCCGACCAUAUGUACGUAUAAUGUUGGUAAAACGCGUUUAAAUCCGACAAAAUUAGCAGGAUAAAUUGUAUAUAUUUUCAUAUUUCUAUUUGUUUAAGUGUUCGUUAUAAAUAUGAAUUUUGUCAUAUGACGUUGUAUGGAAGUAAAAUAGAUAGUAGAUUUUGUAGUUGUUUUUUUAUCCGGUGACAAAAAAAUGAAUUAACUCUAUAUCGCAUUUAAUAAAUUUAUUUUAUUUUUAAAUCAAUAUUAUUUACCGUCAAAGUUAGGGUCCGUUCAAGUAUUACGUAAGCAGAUUUACUAUUAUCCUCCCUUCCUCUUGUCAGCAAAAGACAGUAAAGCUCUCAAAAAUACAUAAACGUAUUAAAUGUAGACGUCCUCGAAAGAGAAUUUCGUUUUCAAGCAUAAAGGUAAUAUGUGUAACAAAGUAAAUAAUUACUGUUGACGUAAUCACCAAAUAAGAUAAUAGUAGACACACACACAUCCACACACUCACAUCCAUACACACACAUCCAUACACACACAUCCAUACACACACACAUCCACACACUCACAUCUACACACACCCACACCCCUGUACUGCUUACGUAGACUUGAAGGACCCCUUAGCAACAAAGUAUGAUUUUUGUUUGUCAAGUAAUAUUAGUUGUGUAGAGUAUACCAAGGGUCAGAUUUAGAGUCGAGACUUGCUAAAUAUGAGUCCCGUAUGUCAAAGUAGAAAA